AGGGAGAAACGCGUGUUUGCUGCCAUAACGUGGACGUUUGAGCAGCUGAAGUCAGGGGAUGCUGCUGUGUGUGCCCGCUAAUAUUGUGCCCUCCUUGCCAUUGUUCCACAGAAAAUAAAUGUACAGAUCCUGACUUGGUGUGUGUUCUUCAAUCCGGAUGCCAUUACAAGUCUGCUACAUAAAACUGGUGCCGUGACCCGGAUCAUCUGGUCAGCCGCUGCCGAUCGCCGAGGUUCAGCUGUGAGCGUGUGACGCCUGUGUUGUAAAGUUGGUAGACCUGUGAUCCUUGUUGGUAGCUGAAGUUCAUAAUGGUAUCCUGGAAUUAAGAGUUUCUAGAAUAUUGAACACACACGUGAAUAAUCAUAUUUGUACAAUCUACACAGUCCUGUGAACCUGUAUCAUAUUUUCUUUUUUUUGAUAAAACUGUACAAUCUGUGUAAACAUAACUAAGACAUGACAGGCAGGGGUCUUAGCAAAUUCACAUUGUUUACACCUGUAGUUGGGAGAGGUAGGAGUUUGAUAGGCACAAAUGGGGUUUUUCAAAGUGAAACUGUAGAUUUUGCAGAUGAAGAGUCACUGGGAAUUGACUCUAUCCCUUGUCUUGAGCCCCAGUUUUCCACCCCAGUUGUGAGCGGUGAGAACACCACCCAGCAGCUGCGUGACUUUAUUGGUGAGUUAGGGAUGCAGAUAGGAGAGUCAAUUGCUAGUCGCUUGCUAACCAAUCAACAACAAGCUACCCCUAAACAGCCCUCAUGUGAUGCUGCCAAUAUAACAACAAUGUCAGACCAAGCCAUUGACCUGUCAAAAGUGAGCCUGAUAGUCAGAUCUGACAUCAGAGAGCCGCCCAUGUUUCGUGGUGAAGGGGAUGACAAGUAUUCCAUCCAUGAGUGGAUUGACGUGAUGGAAGUGUAUUUGCAGAAGAGGAGUCUGUCGCUCACGGAACAGAGGUGUGAGAUCCUGAAUCAUCUUCUCGGCAAAGCAAAAAACAUCGUCAAGGUAGGGCUGAAGAGUAGUGAAACUGCUAAUCCCGAGACAAUCUACAGUAUACUGAGACGCUACUUUAGCGAAACCCCCAGGUCCUGCUUGCCCUUGGCAGAUUUCUAUGCCACCCAGCCAAGAUCCAAGGAGACACCUGUAGACUACUGGGUUAGGUUGAACACAGCGGCAGAAACAGCAGACAGAUGUUUGAGACAGCAAGGAGGCAGGAUAGAUAACAUGGAUGCAGAAAUAGCUGUCAUGUUCAUCAAGAACUGUCCUGAUCCUAGCCUAGCUUGUGUGUUUAAGUGCAAACCCAUUGCUAAGUGGUCACUCACAGAGGUGCAGGAGGUCAUUGAUGAGCACCAGAGAGAACAGCAAAUGAAGAAAACAAGCACAGCCAGAGUAAAUGUCCUUCAAGUAGCUACAGCUGUAACAUCUGUUCACCCUCAUGAGCCCGAAACUGAUCAUGCUCAUGUUAACGCAGCCAAGCUUACUGUAACUAAUUCACCCAAGCUAAGUGCAGAAGCUCCUUCAGAUCCAAGCGCCUUGGAGCAUGUGCUGAACAUGCUCGAAAGAGUCUUAGAACAGAAUAACCGGUCCACUUACACUGCUCGUUCCCAUCCUUCUCCUCCAGUUCGCUUCGGUCCAUGUCAAAUCUGUGGCAGUGAGACUCACUCCACACGAGCACACUGUAUGAGAGAGAGAAGGUGUUUCGGCUGUUUCAAAGCAGGUCACCAAAGAAGAAACUGCACCGCUGUUUUCCAGCAAGGCAGCCGCCCACCUGUCCAGGGAAACCAGGCCACUCACACCCGGGAGGGGACAGUGUGAGUGACAGUGAUGAAACCCUCACGCCCGAUGAUGACAUACAGUCAGUGUACAUGGAGAGCUUAAAGCGUGUUGCCCCCGGUGUUACUGCACUCUUUCAGAACAUAAGUACUCUUGAUAAAGCUGACAGCCUGUUUUAUGUAAAUGCACAGAUGGGUGGUAAGGUGCCAUUAAAAGCUCUGUUAGAUACUGGCUCCAUGGCCUGCACCAUUAGUGAAGAAGCUGCACAAUUGCUCAAAGAUGCUGGUUUAGCAUUAGAGUCAAGCCACGCCCAC